UCCUAUGUAUUACUUUUCUCUAUGACAUAAACGAACCGAGGCGAGCGAAGCGAGCGCAAUCGCUGCGUGAAUGUGAAUUUCACCUAAAUUUAUUUUAAAAUUUUGUACUCGAGGUGCGGACAGAGAGUUCCAUCAUGAGUGCAAUAAUGAAAGCCGCUAUGUCUCGUAGCCCUGCAACAUUGGCUACACAUGUCUACAGAAACCUCCACCUAGCUGUUGGAGGUGCCAGCCAAAGAAAUGCCUCUUCGAACACUAACACGACCAAGGCAUACACUGUCACUGACCAUAAACACGAUGCUCUGGUCAUCGGAGCUGGAGGAGCAGGACUCCGUGCGGCCUUCGGUCUGGUGCAGGAAGGCUUCAGGACUGCGGUCGUAACAAAACUAUUCCCAACAAGAUCUCACACAGUAGCUGCACAAGGAGGAAUCAAUGCUGCUUUAGGUAACAUGGAAGAGGACAGUUGGCUAUGGCAUAUGUACGACACUGUUAAGGGCUCCGAUUGGCUUGGAGAUCAGGAUGCGAUCCACUACAUGACACGCGAAGCCCCGCACGCGGUAAUCGAGCUCGACAACUACGGAAUGCCGUUCUCCAGAACGCCUGAAGGCAAGAUCUACCAGCGUGCCUUCGGUGGACAGUCCCUGAAGUUCGGGAAGGGAGGACAGGCUCACAGAUGCUGUGCCGUUGCUGACAGAACUGGCCACUCUUUGCUGCACACCCUGUAUGGCCAGUCUCUGCGUUACGACUGUGAAUACUUCAUCGAAUACUUCGCGCUCGACUUGCUAAUGGAAGACGGCGUCUGCAAGGGAUGCAUCGCCUUGAACUUGGAAGAUGGUACCCUGCAUAGGUUCCAAGCCAAGAACACGAUCCUAGCGACAGGCGGCACCGGGCGCUCAUACUUCAGCUGCACGUCGGCGCACACGUGCACCGGCGACGGCACCGCCAUGGCCGCGCGCGCUGGCUUACAGAACGAGGACAUGGAGUUCGUGCAGUUCCAUCCCACCGGUAUCUACGGAGCGGGUUGCCUCAUGACCGAGGGUUGCCGAGGUGAGGGCGGCUUCCUGGUCAACGCGAAGGGAGAGCGAUUCAUGGAGCGCUACGCCCCAGUAGCCAAGGAUCUGGCCAGCCGAGACGUCGUCUCCCGGGCUAUGACCGUGGAGAUCAUGGAAGGUCGCGGCUGCGGCCCCGAGAAGGACCACGUGCACCUCCAACUGCACCACUUGCCGCCCGAACAACUCAAGCAGCGCCUGCCCGGUAUUUCCGAGACGGCCAUGAUCUUCGCGGGCGUCGACGUCACCAAGGAGCCUAUUCCGGUCCUGCCCACUGUGCACUACAACAUGGGAGGCACGCCCACCAACUUCCGCGGCGAGGUGAUCACACACUACAACGGUCAAGACCGCGUAGUCCCCGGCCUAUUCGCAGCCGGCGAGGCGUCUUGCGCGUCCGUUCACGGCGCCAACCGACUGGGCGCCAACUCGCUGCUCGACAUCGUAGUAUUCGGCCGCGCUUGUGCGCUCACGAUCGCUGAAAUCGCCAAGCCGGGCGAUGCGCAGGCGCCGCUUAAGGACUCAACCGGUGAAGCCAGUAUCGCGAACCUGGACCAGAUCCGUUACGCGAAUGGAGCUAUUCCCACCGCUGACCUGCGUCUACGUAUGCAGAAGUGCAUGCAGAAAAACGCAGCUGUCUUCCGGCAGCAGAGCACGCUUGAAGAAGGUGCGUAUGCAGUUAGUAUAAGGUUCAGAGUCCCACAGAAUAGUAAAAUAUUUGAGUGA